GGACCUGUGGUCGGGUGUGGACGGUCACCCUCCGAGUGCCCCGCACCGUUGCUUAGCGCUAAGAAAAUUAUGAGCCGGCUUCCAAAGAGAAAUAGGGACUGUGCAGAGUGAAAGCUGCAUUUUGAAAGGUCAAAUUUAAACAGGAAAGCGCAGUGAUGCUGGGGUUAUCCCCACCCCUUCAGGGAGUUUAAGCAUCAAGAGAGGCCAGCUCUCCUGCGAAGCGUGUGGAGGCUGGUACUGGAGGAUGGGCAGGGAAGAGUCCCAAGUUGGGGCUCCAUUGAUUGGGGAGCAGAAUUUUUGCCCACAUCGCUCCCAGGGACUGAGAGUGGCAGUAAAUACCUUGCCAGCCCUCUCUGUGCAUGUCAUUAUUAAUAUCUAUUAAGCUAAGUCGGCCAAUUUCUAUUCCUGGAGUACAUACACCCCUCCGCCCUUUUCUAGAAAGCUCCCCUGGCUGCAGUGAUUCUUCCAUAAUUCCUUUGCCUGGCUGCAUGGAAUUGGUCCUCAGUGAUUGCUGCUAAUGAAAUCCUGAGUCCUGACAGCUUUAUGAAGGCCAGUCCCGAAGGCUCCAGGACCAGAAGCCACCAGUCUGCCCAUGGAACCCCGGGUCUCAUGUCCAGCUGCUGCACCCUUGGGGGAGAGGCAGUUCCGUGUUCUUGUGGGUGUCACUGGGAGUGUUGCAGCUCUGAAGUUGCCUCUCCUGGUGGCACAGCUGUUGGACAUUCCUGGUCUGGAAGUAGCCGUGGUCACAACUGAGAAAGCCAAACAUUUCUACAACCCCCAGGACGUUCCUGUCACUCUGCACAGCGACUCUGAUGAAUGGGAGAUGUGGAGGUUCCGCUCCGACCCAGUUCUUCACAUUGAACUUCGGAGGUGGGCUGACCUCAUGCUGGUGGCUCCUCUUGAUGCCAACACUCUGGGGAAGGUGGCCAGUGGCAUCUGCGACAACUUGCUUACCUGUGUCAUCCGGGCCUGGGACCUCCGCAAGCCAUUGCUCUUCUGCCCCGCCAUGAACACGGCUAUGUGGGAGCACCCCAUCACCGCACAGCAGGUGGACCAGCUCAAGGCCUUCGGCUACAUCGAGAUCCCCUGUGUGGUCAAGAAGCUGGUGUGUGGAGACCAAGGUCUGGGCGCCAUGGCUGAGGUGGACACCAUCGUGGACAAGGUGAAAGAAGUCCUCUCCCAGCACAGGAGCUGCCAACAGAGUUGACCCAGGAGUUUUGUCCCACGUGUCCCUCUGCAUCCAGCAUGUUCUCAGGCAGAGUUGGUGAUGAAGGUGGACACUGGUAAAACAUGGUGAAGAUGGCGGCCCUUCUGAGCGGCCUGGGCCUGCCCUGGGUUAAACUAGACCAAAUGCCCAGGUUCCCACAUCUUUGAACUAGAAGACACCCACUUUCUGGAGUCCCUCCUCACUUUUCCUGAGGUGGUACAGCCAGUGAGAGGAGCCAGUGCUCUGCUGUCCCUGGGCUCCGGGGGUGACUGACAAUGACUGAGAAGCCUUGAUUCUGCCCUGGGCCCUGGAAUGCUUUUAGAAACAGCCACCGUGGGGAGCCCCGGCGUGGCCGCGCCUGACCAGGCCUUGGAGCUUCGUCUCUGUGAUGGAGUGCACAGGUGCCACGCGGGGCCAGGGAGGCCUCAAGUUGGCAAGACCCUGAGGUGCCCGCCGACCAGACUGUGAGACCAGCGUACUGUGGCGUCAAGAAAAGGGGCCUUUCAGGAAACUUCUUUCCAGCCCUCCUGUGGCGCUGCUGUGUGUGGCUGGGGAGCCUCUGGGUUGAUGACUGGUGUCCUCGAUUCCCACGCCCCGUGGUAGUUAAGGGCAAGGACUCUGAGGAAUCCCAGCUCUGCCACCUACGAGCAGUGGCUCAGGUCUCCGCUCUCUGACGCUUGCUCUCCGCGUCUGUACGGCCCGCCCUCGUGGAGUUGCUGGGGAAUUGAGUGAGACGGCAAGUGGGAUGAACGUGGGCAGUGAAUGUCAAUUAAAUGGAAUUUAAAGCUAGAUGUGUGUUCUUGCCAGUGACCCGUCUUAGCAUUUGCUGACGUAGACAGCCCAUUUUGGGAAAAUCAGAAUCCCAGGCCCUAAACUGACACUAAUUCUGGAACCUGACCUGGGACCCAGCGCUCUCUUCUUGGUGUUACCCCGUAGCUUCACUAUACCUGAAGUAGGGGCUGGGUGUCUGUGCCUUCACACCCCAUUCCCUGCCAAAUGACACUUGAAUAGGGGGAGUAGACGCCAGAGACGCAAAGCAGCCCUCAAAUACCCCCACUACCCUUCUUUGGCCAGUUGCUGUCGGAUGGCUGCAGCAGGAAGGGGCUUAUUUAUCUCUUUGGAUCUGAGGUUGGGGCUGGUGUCUGCCCUCCGUCUUCCAGGCCCAGGGGGAGUGGGCCCCACAUGUGUUCCCUGGGACCAUUGGGGGUGGAGAGACCUUGGAAGGGUUCCAGGAAGCCUACUUGCUGAAAGUAAGGCCUCCAGCAGCCUCCAAGAGCCUGUUCCUCUGCAGUUCUUGGCUGAAAUCAGGUGACUCUGAGAUUAAAAAAUACUAAAAAAAAAAAUAACUAAAUUAGUAGCAUCAAAGACUAAACCAUUUGGGAGCCUCCCUGGUAGCGCAAGGGGUUAAGCAGCACUAUCAAGCUAUCCGCAGCCACAGCAGCACGAGUUCAAUCCCUGGCCAGGGAGCUGACCCACAUGGCACAGCAGACCUCUCCUGGGUCGCCCGCUGCUCCCCUCAGCAGUGUAUUUCAGUAGAUCAACCUGUUCUGCUCCACACUCUGUCUCUGGUGAAUCCUCUCACCCUCCGCAUCUCUGGUCUGCACCCCAACUCUUGU